GGCCGGGAGAGAGCGCGAGCAGACAAAAGCAAUGGCGGACUUCGCGCUUGGGCUGACCAAGAAGGCUGUGGAGGGGACUCUGAGCAGAGUCCAGUCGGCGAUCGAUGAAGAGAACAAGCUGAAGGCGGUGGCCCAGCAAGACCUGGUGUACAUCACCGGCGAGUUCCAGAUGAUGCAAGCCUUCCUGCAGGCGGCCAGCAAAGAGCGUACAAGCAAUCAAGUGGUCAUGACCUGGGUGCGGCAGCUCCGUGACCUGGCCUUCGACGUGGAAGACUGCGUCGAGUUUGUUAUCCACCUGGACAACAACUCAGCCUUUUCCUGGGUGUGGCGCCUGGUGCCAUCCUGCAUGGCACCUCCUGGCACCGGUGACCUGGACAAGGCGGUCGCUGACCUCAGCAAGCUCAAGGCCAGGGUUGAGGAGGUGAGCCAGAGGAACACCCGCUACAACCUCAUCAGCGACUCCGGCUCCACACCCACCGCACCAGAUCAAGAAGAUUAAGUCACAAGGGAAACCAUCUCAUACGGGAUGAGUUAAGUCAGCUAUUAACCAAGCACAAGUAUCUCAUCAUCAUAGAAGAUUUAUCCACUGCAGAGGAGUGGGAGUUCAUCAAAGGGAAGCUGCCGGAUCUUAAUAAUGGCAGCCGCGUCAUUAUAUCGACGCAGCAGUUAGGGGUUGCACUUUCCUGCACGGGAGAGCCAUACCUGGCAUCGGAGCUCAGACAAUUCUCUGACGGUCAAUAUCUUUUUGCAUUUUUCAAGCAGGCCAAUUUUCACGUAGCGGAACUUUUUAGGCAACUUGGAGAGCGUCGCGUGAUAUCUUUGUGGGGCGACAAAGGUGGUGACACAGAAAAUCUUCUGAGAGACCUACAUCAGUCCAUACUGGAUAAAACUGAGGGAU